AUGCAGCCCCUACAGCCCAAGGCUCCCAAGGAUGCCAUCACCAAGAAGCUUGAGGUGGUCCUGUUGGACCAUGCUGCAGGACAGGCAUGGGAGCUGCAGCCUGCCGUGGGAAUGGAUUUUGGCUUCUCCAUUCUAGGUGUCUCUCUGAAGGCCUCAUACCCUAGAAGGCCUUCUGGAAAGGGCACCUCCACGGCCAGCUCCUGCCUGCUGUUCUGCACAGCACGGCUGCCUGACCCAGCACUCCAGCAGGCUGAGCAAACACAGAACCACCGCUAUCCAGAAGUGGCCAAUCUGCCUCCCAUUGUAGCCAGUGAGCUGGGCCUCGUCUUGCACCCACUGAAGCGAAGAUGGGCCACUACUGCCAGUUUCUGCGAGAGCAGCUUUCAAACCCGAGGUGCUACCGAGUUCCUCUACACCACAUCCCCACCUUCUGCAGAUUCUUGCUCUGCGGCCCCAGCCCCCGCCCGCACACCGCCCCAGCGCAGCGGGGCCGGGGCCGCCAGCCGGGGGGACACCGGCCCGGGGCGCCGCCGCGGCUGCCCCGCGGGGCGCACGGGGGAUGCCGCCGCCGCCCCGCCACCGCUCGCUCGGGGAAGGAUGCGGGACAGCCCCGGCGCGAAGUUUGGGGCGACGGCGGCGGCACCGUCCCCCGUCUCCUCCGCUUCCCCCCUCCGCCCUUCCCGGGACGCUCCCGGGAGCCCCGGCUCUUACCUGCCGCGGGCGCGGGCUGGGGUCUCGGCGCGCCGCGGGCGGGAGCGGGGCUGCAGCUGCGCGGCGGCGGCGGCGGCGGGGCCAGGGCUCAGCGGCAGCGGCAGCAGCAGCCCCGGCCGGCGUCAGUCAGGCGGGAGCCGCCAGGCUGUAUUAGUGCGCCGGGCUGGACCGCGGCCAGCAGCGCCGCGGCCGCUGGCCCGCCCCUCGCCCCCCCGGCACCGCGGGGCCCGGCCGCGCCGCCCCCGCCCGCUCACACACACACCAUCGCUCACACGCUCACACACAGACACGCUCACACACACACACCAUCGCUCACACACACCAUCGCUCACACGCUCACAUACUCGCUCACACACACGCUCGCACACGCACACACACACACGAUCGCAUACACACGCUCACACCCACACGCGCUCACUCACAAGCGCACAUGCACACACUCGCACUCGCACACGCUCGCAGACUUGCACCGCUCACACACACGCACAUCCACGCGGAUAUACACACACGCUCAAGCACACACGGGCACUGUCGCGCUCACGAACACACUCCCACGGUGUUGAAACCUCUGGUCUCUCAUGCCUCGGCUCACAGUUUCUGCUGCCAAAAAAGGGGUGGCAGGACAAGGGCUCCAGUGACGUGCUGGCACUGUCCAGCACCGAAGAAGGAACAGCUAUUACAACAGCAGGGUCGUGUGCUGUGCCACGGAGAUCCCUCAAACAGCUCCAAGGGUGCUGCUGCAGGCACCGGCAGACUCCUAGCCACAGUGCCUUGGAUUUACUGCGGUGGAGUCAGACAUGUGUAGCAGCAGUGCCAAGAGGAAGUUGACUAUUCAAGCAGCAGCAGUCAACAUCUCACUCUCUCCAUGGGUGCCUGAACUACAAGCCCAAACCCUGCCAGGAUGCCUAGCUCCACACAUUUUACUCCUCUUCCCAGGAUAGGGCUGGACCAGCCCCAACUCCUUACCCUGGGGUUUGAAUGUUUGAUAUUUCUUGUGCUGUCUGGAAGCUUGGAGCUUACCCUACUUCUUAUUCACAGGCAGUUUGGAUAUCUCAGUAUCCUAACUAAGGUCCCAACAGU